AUGUACAAGGGCACAAGAACCAAGGUGGUAACCUCAGAUGGCAUCAGCGAGGAGUUUGAAAUCCUAGCAGGGGUGCAGCAGGUAGACAGUCUUGCUCCCUUCCUCUUUAUCAUAGCUCGAGACUACGCGCUCAGGAAAGCCUUCAACGGGCGGGAGCAGGAGCUUAACUUCACAAUUACACCGAGGAAGUCUAGAAGAAGCCCUGCUGUAGCCCUGGCAGACCUGGACUACGCAGAUGACAUCUGCCUGAUGUCUGACUGCGUGGAGCAGGAGCAGGAACUACUGAACAGAGUGGAGGUGAAAUGUGCUAAGGUUGGCCUCAGACUGAAUGUGAAGGAGACUGAGGUAAUUACCUAUAACUCCCACAUGAACCAUCCGCCGAUCAACACUCUGCGAGAGGUCAGUGACUUCAAAUACUUGGGUUCCUGGGUGAACUCCACAGAACAGGACCUUAAGGUCAGGAAGGCACUAGCGCGGAGAGCCCUGAACGGUACGUCAAGAGUGUAGUACUCGCAACUCUCCAGACACAUAAAGCUAAACCUAUUCCACACCACUGUGGAGCCCUUCCUCCUGUAUGGCUGCGAAAGCUGGACCCUGACGCCCACCCUGCAGAAGUCCCUGGAUGGGUGCUACACCAGAAUGGUACGAGCUGUUCUGAACGUGGACCGGAACAUCCACAUUACCAACAAGGACCUGUAUGGGCAACUGCCGAGGCUCAGCAAGAAGGUAGUGUCGAGGAGGAUGAGGCUGGCCGUCCACUGCCAUGGACAUCAGGAGCUCCCUGCCAGCAGGAUGGUCCUAUGAGAACCAACACACGGGGGCCGUUCGCGAGGACGUUCAGCGCUAACAUAUGUGGACGUCCUGAAGAAGGAUGCGGAAGCUGAAAGCUCUUCGGAGCUGGCCAGGUGUUUGGAGAACCGGGAGGAUUGGAGACUCCGAUGGAAGCUCGUCUGAGGACAACAGAGAGAUUGCUAGUGACUACAACCCUCGGUGUUACGGUGUGUUUGCCAUCACUUAAAUAUCCCUUCAAAGCCACGCACAGGUGAUUUAAACACAACCAGAAGUAUUUGAUUUCAGUGAAGGCCGCCCCCCUUCUGCAAUGCAAACAGCCGAUCAGGGUUUAGGACUUUCACUGGGGGGCCGUAACCACCUCAGAAAUCUGUUAAUGAAUCUUGAAUCCUCCAUGUUGGAUCAGUUCUGGAUGUCAACAAGAAAAGAAAUGGAUCUGAAUUAGAAGAUUUUAGAGACAGAAUCAGGCAACAAGUUGAAUAUUUGGUCCUGGUGGGGCACAGAAACCUCUUGGUUGGACUCCAAGAUGGAUCUGGUUUCUCUGUCUCUCGUGGUUCAUAAUUCAGGUUCGAUGUGAUUAAAGCAUCUGAAGACACGAGUGUUUGUACAGUCAACCUGAUUCGCUCGUUUCCCUCUUGAAGUCCAGUCUGUCUCGAGACGAGAAGGGAGGCGACCAUUUGUUUGACUCUGUGUGUGUGUGUGUGUGUGUGUGUGUGUGUGUGUGUGUGUGUGUGUGUGUGUGUGUGUGUGUGUGUGUGUGUGUAUGUGUGUGUGUGUGUGUGUCCUGUCUCAGUGUUACACACAAUGAAUGAAACUGUAGGGGAACAUCCACACACAGACACACACACACUCUUCUCUCAUGGAGUGUGGAGGUCAGGAUGGACCAACACUGCCCUCUAGUGACUAUGAGGCCUCAUUACAAACACAGAAAUGAGGGGUUUAAACUUUUUAUGCAGACUGACCACUGGGGGGAGCUGUUGUAUCUUUUUUGUUCAGUGUUAGACCUGAAAUAUCUCUGAAGCGCUCUGCUGGUUUACAGUCAAGCUUGUUUUUAUUCAUGUUAAUGAGUAAACAAACUUGUUUAUAGUCGUAUUUAAUGAAUAUUUAACCCUCUGGCAUUAAAUUAUGUGGUUUUACUUAGGGUGAGGAUAAAUAUGCUGGUAAAUAAGAGACAGUUUUUGAUUGAUGAGCCAAUUAAGAGAUAGGAUUCAUGAGUUUGUACUUCUUAUUCCAUUUUGCUGAUAUAACUAUUUACUUUUUGUUCUUUUUGUGCAUUUUUUCUUAUUUUUUUGUAACUUUUGUUUCAUAUUUUUGAUAUAAGGACAUCAGUAUCAUGAAACAAACUGUCUCAGCUUUUUAUUUAGAGGUCAGAAACUCAGUCUAUUUAAGUUUUUGUUCACCACCGGUGUUACGCUCCACCCGAAGGCGGCCCUACAGGGCCAACAGCUAUCCUCACCUUUCGACAGGAUGAAUUAACAAAAUACCUAAAUAAAAAGUUCAUCAAGUGAUUGUUUUUGACAAAAGAACAAAUUAACUAAACACAAAGAACCCACAACACAAAUGAGAGGCAGCAGGACAGCAGUCCUGCUCUGCGUCUUUAAAGUCUCAGCACCAGGUGAGUCUGAUUGGCACUCAGGCUGUGGGUCAUUUCAGAGACCGCAUCCGGAUAAGCGCGCUUAACGGCGCUUAGCUGAGUGCACUGCCGUUUUGUGCCAUUUUGCGCCGUUAUGUACCCUUCCUGUGUCCCAUUUGAAUCACAUUGAAAAGUGCUUUCGUUCCAUUCAUUGAGUGUAUUUUAUUAACAUGCAAAGGACCAGAUGUUACUCGACUGUUAAGCUGCACAUUAAAAAAACCAUCAGAGUUGUUAUUAAUACCACAGGCCUGAAUAUUAUGCACAUCAAGGGUUGGCACAGGCCUUCAGACAACCUGCAGCUGUGUUAUACUCUAACAGGUCCUCGUACUGUUUGAUCAAGUGUUAACUAAGCGGCUACUGAAGAAGGAUUUACUGUAUCUGCAGAGUUUGGGUGGCUAUAGGUAUUGUGUGUGUUUGGGAUAUAAAUGGAGUGUUUAUAAGUUUUUUAAACAUAGAUUUUAACUUUAGCGUCACUUGAAAUAAAUUGCAAUUGAAAGUUGGAGCUUGUGUUUGUUUUUAUUUUAAGAAAAAAGCUGCUGAUGUUAACUCCCUAAUCUUUUUGAUUAUUUGUGCUUUUGGUUUCUUCAUUAUUAUUAUUAUUAUUAUUAUUAUUAUUAACUGAGAAGUACUAUGAAUGUACUAAAGGGAUAAAGUGAUUUUACUCCAGAAUUGAGUUAGCAAUAAUUUCUUUAAAGCCUCUGUCUGGAGUUUGGCACCCCUUUGUGGACAAACUUAUACCUCUAUAUCCUUAUAGUAGGCCAUGUGGCUUGUGUGUCCACAUGGCUCACAGGAUAAGAACAUGGACUGGGACUCCUGAGGUCAUGGGUUCAAACCCCCCGGUUACCCCCUGGGUUAUGCAACAGGAAGUCAGAGCAGGCUGAGCUUUAGAGUAAGGAUGGGGAGAAGGCUCGAUGGGGGGAUUAUAGGGGGGGCGGCGGAUGGCCGGAGGCUGAGCAGAGGGCGUCCCCAAUAAGGGGGACUCAUGUGUACACACGAGAUAAUCAUGUAUUUUUUCAUAUAUCACUGUACUUUGUAGACUCUAGACCUUCAAAAUUCACCAAGAAGUGGGCAAGGUGGGACUCGAACCCACGACCUCAGGAUUCACAGUCAGUGUUCUUAUCCCCUGAGCCACUUGGACAUACAAGAGAAUCGGGUUCUUUUUUCACAUAUCGCUGUCCUUUGUGGACUCGAGACUUUAAAAUUCUCCUAGAACUGGACAGGGUAAGACUUGAACCCACGAUCUCAGGAGUACCAGUCAGUGUUCUUAUCCGCUGAGCCACUUGGAGACAGAACCCUGUCUAGACACUAGACUUCAAAAUUCACCUUGUCCCGAAAAAGGCUCGAACACACCGCCUCAUAGUAGGGUCUGUUAACUUGAAAAAAUGGCCAAAUUGUUAUGCGGUGGAUAAAAGCACCAAAUUUCAGAUGAGAAAACUAUCAAACUUAGAAUUCAAAAAUAAAAACUUAAAACUUCCUGCAGCUCAUGUUUCCUUGAUGAUCUCAUUCCAUUCUAAAUAUGAUCAUAUUGAUUAGAGCAGCUGUUGUAUUGAUUAUAGACCAUUAUUCAUUGCUUUGAGCAGCGUGCGUCUCCACUGCUCCAUCUCGGCCAUGCAUCACUGUCCAGAUUGAAUCUGUGACCUUUACCUGACGAGGAGCUCAGAUCCAUCCAGCUGAUGACCGCUGUGGUCGUCCGUGUGAACAAUCUCUCCGCUGACCCUGACUCUGACACAGUCCACUCAUAAGCACAUCAUGACCUUAAAUAAUCGAAUACUGGUGGGAAAAUAAGUGUAUAUUUAUUAAUUCAUCAUCAUCAGCAGCAGCAGGUAUGGACGGACAUGACGUAUUCUUAUAAGCACAAACCAUUUCAUGAUUCUCACAAGCUGCAGAAAGAAAAUCGGUCAUCUCUUCGAUUAUCUUUGUGAUUUCUCAUCAUCGUGACACAAAAUUGAACCGUAAAGACUUUACACUUCUGUGACUCUUUACAUUCCUCUGUACAGAAAAAGAAGACGAUCAUUUACAACAGAACAUACAGAGCUGCUUCCGUCGACGCAGACAGAGCCGGACAGACCAGACGGACGUGUGUUUCUAUUAAAAACUGAUAGUUACAGUCUGUGAAGUUAGAGUCUGAUUUUUCACAUUUCAUAGUUUCUUUUAGUCUUUUACUGAAACUUCAGAGACGUUACGAGUUGACAGAAAUAUCGGAGAAAAAUUUAGAGAUUACUUUCAACGGUUCAUUAAGUUUAAAAGUGAGAAAAAAGUUCGAUUUAUCGGCAGAAGUUUUAAAACUAUCCAGCCGGUGUGUCGAAUCGUUUUAGCCUAAUUGUAAGAAUCCAGUUUUGCAGGGGCGGGGGACAAAUUAGCUUAAACUUUUCAUUUUUACAAGUUUCUAUGUGUAAAAAGAUAACAAAAAAGGCCUUAAUAAGUAGUUAUCUGUAAUACUCAGUUCAGCCACAUGGGGUUAAAUGCGCCAGUAUGAGUAAUUCAGGAAUACAGUCAUGCUUUUAAUCAUUGUGACUGGAAAAUUUGAAGAAAAAAAAGUCUUUUUAAUUCAUUUAAAGUUUCCCAUCUCAGAUAAAUUGAUUUAGGUCUCAUUAAUAAAACUUAAACUCAUUAUAAAGUCGGUUUAAAUAAACAGUAAAGGAUGUUUAGGGGUUCAUUCAGAGGGAUUUGUGUUCAGAAAAUUAUUAAAUUGAACAAAUUAACUAAACUUAAGUAUAAAAAGCAGAUUAAUGACACAAAAAGUAAGAAAAACACUUAAGAUUCCCCUCGCCUUUUCACUUCUCAAACUUCUUACCUGAAAGAAAGAAAAAUAUAUGAAUGAGAUUUUGAGUAAAUAUGUUUGGAGACACCAGACAUUUAAAAAGCACCAAUAAAGUCUCUUUUUAAAACCAUUCAUCUUCUUAAUUUUCUUUGUCCCUUAUUAUUCAGAUUGGUCCCAAACUCUUAAAAUUCUUCUCAACUGCUUUUCCUUAAAAGACCUAAAAGGUGAAAAUGUUCAUCUUUAUUAAAUCUCAUGUCACUUACAUCCACACAGUCGUGUCUCUGCGGUCUGUAAACGGCUCCGGCUGCACUCUCAGGUAACCCCGCUCUUUUUUCAAAAGGGGGCGACAUAACCUCACAAAUUAAAGACAUGAAGACGAACACAGAGUCUUUGUACAUAGCCCUCCUGUCCCAUGCCUGUCUGUCUACAGCAGGCCUACAGUACUGCUGUCAGGGUUAGUUAGGUUCCUUAUUGACCCGGGUUCAAACCUUUUUAUUGUUCAGUAUAUUUUGCAAAUGAUCUGUUUUUAAUUUGAAUUAAAUGUGAUUUUAAAAGAAGUCUAAAAGUCUCAGGCUACCAUGAAACUUUUCUUUUGGUUCCUUCGAGAUGACUCUGCGUGAAUGACAGCAUCAGUAAAAGGCAGAUUUAGAGUUUGCAUACAUUAAGGUCCAGUUUCUGUGAUGGAUGACAAUGACUGUUCAAUCAGAAUCAAUCACCUGUAAUCCCCAGACGUGCAUCCCGUUACGCCGCCUGUUCUCAUGAUUGACAGCAUGCAAAUCAGAGAAAACACACCGGAUUGUAUUUUCUCCUCGCAGCAGAUGUUCGGCCCCUCUGAGGCCCUCGGUCCUCUAGAGUUCGGAGUCCAGAGAAGGUCACGACGUGCCGGCACUGAUCUUCCUCGGCUCGCUGCCUCGUAAUUGGACAUUUUCUCCCCAUAAUGAAAAGAGACAGCGACCUGGAAAUCCUUGGGGACUGCAUGGACAGUUCAUCAGACACACACGCCGUUAUUGUCACUGUCGAUCCCUCCCCCCCUCCUGCGACCGGCAUCGCCCUCUCCUGUCAACUUUCGACACCUGUAGUGUGCUCUGAGCUGUAA